UUUCAUCACAAACUAAUAGUAAUUGUAUUUUUAGCUUUUUUCUUACAAUAAUUUAUCUUAAAAUUGAUGACGGCGAAGAAAUGAUUCACAUGCGUGAGGGAGUCUCGCGUUGCAGAAAUUGCAGGCGGGUUUCUGGGUUGUGAACUCAGAAAGCUCUGCAAAAAUGGCGAUUUGCCCAUUUAAGAUCUUGUAUCUCCUUCCCGCCAUAUUCUUACCUCUUCUCGCCGUCUGUGAAAUCGCCUCGCCCGGUCGAUCAAGUAACCAUGGGCUGAUCGACGAAUUGGUGGAAAGCAAGCUCAGGAUCUCUCACUUAGAAUCCGUUCUGGAGGAAAGCAAGCAAAAUUUAACCGAGAAAAGAAAUGAGCUCGAGGCGCAGGAAAAGCUAAUCGAGGCUAUGUCCCAUAAGAUUCAAUACUUGGAGUCUGCUCUAUCUGAUUUGAAGAGGACAACAUCAAGUGAUGAUGAAAGGACUGCUGCUCUGGAGGAUGAGGUACGACGUCUCUGGGCUUCAUCGAGAAAGAACAACUUCGAAAUUCAUAUUCUGAAAGCCAAGGUACAGGAAGCUGAGGAAAAAUUGGAAGAGGUUACUUCACAAGUUAAGAAGAAGUCUACCAUAGUAUCUGAACAAUGGAUUCAAAUUCGGCAUCUCGAGCAGGCUCUUGAAAUGACAAAAAUACGAGCUUUGAAGGUCCACCGGCAAGUUGCUCUAACCAGAUGCACCUAUUUGAAGUUGGUCAACACGCGUUUUAUCAAUCAACUUCAAAAGGCGCUUCAGACAUCGAACCAUCAUCUAUUCACCAAAGUGUCUACCUUGAGUUCCAUGGUUACAGGAGCCAUCCAUCACUUCCAAAGAGUCUAUGAGGAAGCCAAAAAGUAUCACCAUGAGUUACAAAGACUGAUUAAACAAGAAAUGGAAAGAAAUGAAUAUGCAGCAUAUCUUGCCAACAGGGAAUUUAUUUUCUUUCUGGCGUCUGCUCUGGUUACCUUCCCAAUUUUUGGCGCUUGGAUGUUCCUCUCUUCACGAUUUUCCAGGUAAAGGGUCAUCCUUGAGAAAAGAGGGUAUACUUCUCAUUGUUUAGCUUAGCCAGGAGAUAAAUUUUCCAACAUAAGAUAUGAAAUAUAGUAGCAACUAUUAGCAUUUUAGUGACAUAUUGAUAUCUUGUGUGAAAGGUUGAGAUAUUUAUUACAUAACACUUUCUAAAAUUUUACAUCAAACUGAGAAUGCUGCAUUACA